AUUGGCGCCUGCUGCCUGCAUCUCCAUCGACCAUCGAUCACUACUCACUUUUCCCAGCAGCAGCACUGUCCAUCAUAUAUAUAGCCUCCUCUCCAUCCAGGCCUCGCUCUCCCUUGUCUCUUCGAUCUCUAGCUAUAUAUAUAUAGCACGCAUAUUACACACAAUAGCUAGCUAGCUAGGUAAUAAGCUAGUCUCACACAACACAACACAACACAAAAAGAGUAGUCUCUCGAUCUCUUUCUCGACGAUCUCUGCCGCCUCAAGCAGCAGAUAGAGCAGCAGCACAGCAGCAGCUAGCAGAGAAAGGGGUCGGAUCGGAGAUGCUGGAUGCCAUGGACGCCGCGAGCAUCAUAGGCUACUUCAAGGGCAAGAGCGUCCUCGUCACCGGCGCAACUGGGUUUCUUGGAAAGAUCCUUGUGGAGAAGAUAAUGCGCGUGCAGCCUGAUGUCCACAAGAUCUACCUUCUUGUCCGAGCGAUGGAUGAGCCAUCUGCAAAGCAACGCGUCCAGCAAGAGGUGAUAGACACGGAGCUGUUUGACCUCCUGAGAGAGAAGCAUGGCAAGGGCUUCCAGCAGUUCGUGGAGGAGAAGGUGGUUGCAUUGGCCGGAGACAUCAUCUACGAGAACCUGGGCCUGGAGACACCCAUGCUGGAGGCGCUUGCCAAGGAGAUCGACGUCAUCGUCAACAUUGCAGCAACCACCAACUUCUACGGAAGGUAUGAUGUUUCCUUGGAUGUGAACGUGAUGGGGGUGAAGCACCUCUGCCAGUUCGCCAAGCAGUGUGCCAACCUCAAGAUGCUCAUGCAUGUCUCGACCGCUUUCGUGUCUGGCUUCAGGGAGGGGCUGAUCCUGGAGAAGCCCAUCAAGCCCGGCGAGUCGCUGCGCGAAGGCACCUACCUGGACAUCGACGCCGAGCUGCGCCUCGUCAGAGAAGUCAAGAAGGAGCUCAUGACGGCGAUGAACUCCAACUCCUCGAGCAGCAGCAGCAGCGAUAAGGACGGCGACGACGCCCACAAUAACAAUAAUAAGAAGAAGGCAGAGAGGACGGCCAUGAAGGAGCUGGGCCUCCAGCGGGCUCGCCACUUCGGCUGGUCCAACACCUACGUCUUCACCAAGGCCAUGGGCGAGGUGCUCCUCGGCCAGCUCCGGGGCGACAUCCCGGUGGUGAUCAUGCGCCCCAGCAUCAUCACCAGCAUCCGGGAGGACCCGGCGCCCGGGUGGAUGCAGGGCACCCGCACCAUCGACACCAUCAUCAUCGGCUACGCCAAGCAGAACCUCUCCUGCUUCCUCGCCAACCUCAACUUCGUCAUGGACGUCAUCCCGGGGGACAUGGUGGUGAACGCCAUGAUGGCGGCCAUGGUGGCGCACUCGGGGGACAAGGGCGCGCAGGUGGUCUACCACUCCACCUCGUCGCUGCGCAACCCGGCCACCUACAACGUGCUCUACCAGUCCGGCCGCCGCCAUUUCUACGAGAACCCGCGGGUGGGCAAGGACGGCAAGGUCAUCCCUACCAGGGAGAUGUACUUCUUCCCAACCAUCGCGCGCUUCCACCUAUACAUGAUCUUCACGUACAAGAUACCACUAGAGAUUCUGCACUUGGUGAAUCUGCUGCUCUGCGGGUUCUUCUCGCGGCUCUACAAUGACCUCAACCGCAAGUACAAGUUUGUGAUGCAUCUUGUUGAUGUCUAUGGCCCCUUCGCCUUCUUCAAAGGAUGCUUCGAUGACAUGAACUUGGAGCGGCUGAGGUUGACGAUGGCGAUGAAGACCCCCGAAGAUCGCAUGUUCAAUUUUGACCCCAAGACCAUCGACUGGGACGACUACUUCACCAAAAUCCACAUACCUGGUGUUCUCAAGUAUUUGUGCAAGUGAAGGCUGCUACGUUAAUUACUCUCAACUUGCUUGUUGCUUCUUCACCUUCUUGCUAUAGAAAAAAGGCUCUUAUUCUUAAUUUAUGGAAAGCGAAUACCAUCCCGUUUGUUGUACCUGCUCUAUGGACCGGGUGAUCGAUUAUCAAGAAAAGAAAAUAAGACGAGUAGAUUGAUAUAUAUAGUUGUAUUGGAGAAGCUCCAUAUACCUCUAAUAGUGGCCAAACGUGUGCCUGUGUUAGGUGGCAGCCUAUCAUGAGCAUGAGUAUGAAGUUGUAAUCUGUUUGCUGAUAUGUACGUGUCAGUGAGCAUGAAAAAGAUCUGUAAUAUCUAUCUGCAAUGCCAGUGAAAUUGAAGGAAAAACUAAUAUCAGAAA